UUGUGUUUCGUGUUUACAAAUAUUCGGACUUGAUACAUAAGUUUCUUAAAAGAUUAAAUUGUUUAAGCGUAGCCUAAUAAAAUGGCUAAAACAGAGCAAAGUGAAACUGAAUUAAGUGAUGUGAGUGAAUCAAAUAAAAAUGGUGGAGUCGCGAGUGAUUUUGUUUCGAAGGCACAAAAUGGGAUAAAAGCAUUUUUUAAUUUCUUUACGGUGGAACCUUAUUUAUUUUGUUUCAUCUUACCUAAUAUCAUAUCAUCAGUGGCGGUUCAGAAACUAAAUAUGGAAAAAGCUUGUCGGGCUGAUCUAAAUUAUACAGAAUAUACUUGCUCGGAUGUUAUUUCUGGAAAUGCUGAAGAUAUCUAUACCCUAACUGCUUCAACUGAAGCUCAAACAAUGGUAGCCUAUAUGACUACAUGGACACAGCCAAUACAAAGUGGCAUUCCAGCUAUUGCAAUUUUAUUUAUCGGUUCUUGGAGUGAUUCCACUGGAAAUAGAAAAGCUUUGAUGCUUAUUCCAGUUUUCGGGGAACUAAUAUCCUCCUUAGGAUUGAUUCUGGCCAAUUAUUACUUUCUGGAAUGGCCACUAUGGGUAACGGGAUUGAUUGAAGCAUUACCUUCUGCGUUUGCUGGAGGUAUUUCUAUCGCUUUAAUGGGCUCAUACAGCUAUAUUGCAGAUGUAACAACAUUGGAGUCACGUACAUUUCGAAUGGGUUGCGUAGCUGUAAUUGUUACAUUAGGAAUACCAUUGGGAUCUGCUAUUAGUGGAGUGUUAACAGAAUCCGUUGGCUACUAUGGUAUUUUUGGAAUAUGUGCAGCUCUCUAUGCAUUUGGAUUUGUUUAUACUUACCUCAGAGUACAUGACAUCAAGAAUGUACCCAUGGAAGGCACAAUGUUUCAAAAGUUAAUAAAAUUUUUCCACCCAUUAAAUGCUUGGAAAACACUUUCACUUUUAUUCUUGUCACCUAAGAGAGAGUUAAUCCAAAUAUGGUUGGUUAUAUUGGCUCAUGUUGUUGUAAUGGGUCCUGUUUUUGGUGAAAGUCCGGUAUUGUUUUUGUAUACUUUGAAUAAAUUCAGUAUGGACUUAGUGGACUUCAGCUUGUUCUCUACUUAUUCCGUAUUAAUGGGAAUAUUUGGAACGGCAAUUGCUGUGAUAGUUUUCAGCAAGCGUUUACAGAUGCACGAUGCACUUAUUGGUAUUAUAGCUACCUCGUCUAAAGUAGUAUCCAGUUGCGUCUAUGGAUUGGCUCCUAACAGAUCAUGGUUCUAUUCAGGUCCAAUUUUUGACCUAUUUGGGAAUUCUGGUUCUACUGUCGUCAGAUCUUUGGGAACUAAAGUCGUGAUUCCGGAUGAAGUUGGAAAAAUGUGCUCCUUAAUCGGAUUUGUUGAAGCAAUAAUACCAGUAUUUUAUGCACCGCUGUACAGCACGGUUUAUACUAAUACUUUAGCGAUCUUCCCUGGAGCAUAUUAUAUUGUCGGUGGAGUGAUGACAGUGCCUGCGAUAUUUGUAUUUAUAAUUCUUUAUGCUAUAUACCGAAGAGAGCAAAGAGAUGUGGUUAAGAAUCCUGAUGUAAAGGAAAUGCAUGCUCACGACAACGCCGUCAGCGAAUUAUAAAACAGGAACUAAAAUGAUGAAUAGGUUCGAUAUAAUGAAUUAUGGAAAACAAACUGUACAAA